ACAUAAAGGCUCGAUCGAAAGAGAGACUGUUCACAUUGAAAGGGGUUUUGCUAAAGGAAACUUCAGAUAUGAAGCUGUUACUUUAUGCAGCCGUGUUCUGUUUUUUGAUCUCCCUGGUUACGGCAGGAGAGGAAGAAGAUGGGGGUGAAGAGGAAGCCGCCCCUAAUGGGAAUGAGACUGAGACGGCUCCCCGUGGGCCAAAGGUGGACGGACAGAAAGGAGGAGAAGGAGAAGAAGAAGAGGAGGAACAAGCAGGUGGAUCUGCGACCCCGACAACAGGAAAGACUACAACAGCUCCGGCACCGACCGCGCCACCGACAAAGCCACCAAGCGGUGGCGGUAGCACGCCAGAGGAGCAAGGGACUGGGGUUGAAAGCAAAGGCCCGAAAAAAGGUGGAAAACGAGGGCCCAGGAGAUGCCGUUUGUCUCCAACAAAGUCUAAUUGCAUUGGCAAAGGCAACUUCAAACUAUGGUAUUACAACGCAUCAUCACAGCUUUGUGAACGUCACAAAGUGGGAGGAUGUCCCAAACUAAUUGGAGGAUUCGUGUUUUGCACCGAAUGCACGAAUUGGUGUAACAAGCGUAUAAAUGCGAAGAAAGCCUGCUUGGGUGUUAAAUAAAGAAGGAUUUUUUGGGGAGACAUAUACUUGACCUGAACUGCCAUGACUGUUGUUGAUGGUAUUUUCUUACAUAUAUCUUUUACAAUUUCAAGUAAAAAAUAUUAUUGAUCACUUUAAUUCCGGCAACGAUAGUACCAUUACAAGGUUUCCCUGUUCAGUACAGGAAUGACACCCAUCAAGAUUCCAUUAGGCGAACGGCAUGUGUGCGUCAUAAAAAAGUGUCCUAAUGUGCUCUCCCUAAAAUCAGAAUAAAAAAGUAACCUACAAUACCCAUGCAAAUGCAAAAUAGAUGAAAA